AUGAAUGCCAAGGACCUUUUACCGGGUUACGAGCAGACCUUGCCCGUGCUGUCUCGGCCAUCGGCUGCGGCUUGGGCGGCCGAUCCGAUCCACUCCCCCUAUGCAGCUCCCAUCCACUUCGAUCCCAAUAUACACCCUAUACAAACUAUGGCCUCAACACCAGCUCCUGCACCAGCUCCUCACCCACCCAAGGCGCCUAGUCGGAAAACAACCACCAGAGUACGCAAACCCCGCAAAACCGCCAAUGCAUCUACGGGGAAAUCGACUUUGUUUUGGGUCAACAGUGAUCAACAAACGGCAGCGGCAGGCACAACGGAUGAGACCCUGAAGCGGAUUCGGUCCCAUGUCAUGUCCGAGCAUAAUCGCAAGAAGCGAAUGGGGAACGGGGAGCAGUCCAAUAAAAGCAAAUGGAAGAACUCGCCUUGUCAGCCACCGACAAGGAACACCGGGGCACUGGUACCCGUUGAGCCUGUCCGUCCGUGUAUCGGUUCGUCUGCCAACUUGUCUAGCAGUCAAAUCUCAGAUGAACAAGAGCCAGAACAGGUCGAGGAGCUUGUUACGUCGACAGCCGUGGGAUACCCUGCUAUGCAAGCCGCAUCAUGGAAUGACUCUGGCUUUGGUGGGGCGAUGGCCUAUCCCUCUGCAUGGUCUUACGUGGGACAAGGAGCCAAUGAUCCUUUUCAUACUGGACAUACGCAUCUUACAGAUAGAAUGAUGCGACAUCUGCGAGUCUUCCUCUGGGAUCUGACACAAGAAGCGCAUCCAUUGCAAACGCGGUAUAAACCCAAGUUACAGGCUCAUUGGGCGUCCUUGAUCCAGCGCGACCCGGCCAUUCUGCAUGCGACAAUUUGUAUGGCUACUUCCAAUGAUGCUAUGCGUGCAGGCGAGCUACCCAUCCGAGACCCGAAUCAAAAGCGGAGUCAGUUGGUGAUCGACACGUUCCACCACCGUGGCGAGACUAUUCGACUGGUCAACGAGGGCCUGUCAGACCCGGUCAAGGCUUCCAGUGAUGUUCUGAUUGCUGCAGUUUCUACCUUGUUGACAAUUGAAAUCGCGUCGGGGAAUCCCGAUUAUCUCAAGAUCCAUCUUGCAGGUUUGCGACAGAUGAUCGCACUGCGGAAGAACUUUGACGAUGUCCCUUCAGACGUGCGGUUCCAGAUCUCAUGGACUGAUAUCCGAGUUGCUUGCAUGGCCCACGCCAAGCCUAUAUUCCCCUUUGUCCGCUACACUCGCCCAGCGCGAUUCUCUCUCAUCCCACCCAACGACGACGUAGCAUUACUUUCCACCCGCCUUUUCCCUCUACUCAAAAUACCCGGCAUCUUCGGCGAACCCAUGGCACAGAUCGUAUAUGAUCUCCUCGAACUAUCCUGGUAUGCAGAAUGGAUCAAAGGCAACACCGGGUACAAAGAGUUCAACGAGGAGACCGAGGACUAUUUCAACACAGAAGUGCUGCACGUAGAAUACCAACUGCACACAGAUCGAUACACCAUGACAGGCCAGGUAAAGGGCGACAACUCCAUCGAGGGCUGCACCCGUCUCGCUUUACUGCUAUUCCACAACAGCGCCAUCUGGAACUUCUAUCCAAUGAUCGGCCAGUUACUGCCCAAGCCAAUCCAGGCUCUGCGCAUUGCCCUCGAGGCGACCAUCCCAUCAGGCUUAUUCGCGCUCUGUCGCGACCUGCUCCUCUGGCAGCUUUUCAUGGGCGCGGCUUGCAGUCUAACCCUGCCGUCAGAGCGGGCCUUCUUUGUAUCUGAACUGGCCAAUGCUGCACGGCUGCAGGGAAUCCACUCUUGGCAGGAGGCCCGUUCUAUCUUGCUGGGCUUUUUCUAUGUCGAUCGCAUUCACCUGCCUAUGCUUCGUCAAAUCUGGGAUGAGUGUCAACUGCUGGUAGAACCGCCAGUAUGA